AUGACUAGCUUGGCCUACCCAGAAGUUCUCCCGGAGCGGAUGGAGUUGACCGCCUAUACAACGGAGCUGGGAUUUGUACAUGAUGACUACACGGAGCUGGAAGAUAUUGCUUCAUCGGCUCCGGUGCAUGAGCGCCUUGAUUACGCCGUGGAUCCUACCAGAACUGAGACUCGAGAUGGUUCGAGAAAGUCCCUGGUUAUGAAGAAGAUCUACUCGGCUGUCAUCCUCGAGUGCCUUGAUAUUGAUCUACAGUCUGGUCUAGAUAUGAUGAAAAGCUACUCAGACCAAUGGCUAAAGGUUGUUGACGCACAUCCGAUGCCGCAAUUUACCACCCUCGACGAGUAUCUCGAACAUCGAAUUAAAGAUUCAGGCACCCUUGUGGCCUUCUGGCAGGUUGCCUUCGGCGCGGGCAUCCGCCUAAGCGAGGGAGACUACAACAUGAUGGAGCCUCUCUUCAAAGCAACCGCCAGGCCAACCUUGCUGACUAAUGACUUUUACAGCUGGAGAAAGGAGAGCUCCCAGCCUCGUGUCAGAGUUACAAAUGCUGUCUUGUUCUACAUGAAAAGCGGGAUCGCGGAACACGACGCUGUGGUACAAUUGAAGCAGGAUAUUCUAAAGAAGGAAUCUGAUUUUUUGAAAAUGCGUGACAGCUUCUGCCGGGCCCAUCCCAAUCUUCCAUCCCAUCUGAAAUUGAUGGUGAAUAUCCUCGCACCUUUAAUCGGCGGCUACCACUACUGGUGCUGUCUAUGUCCUCGGUAUAAUUGUUUACAGAACCCGUCUGCAUAUGCGAAAGCCAACAAUACAAGUCUAAAUGGCGGUUGUGAUAACAGUUACACCUUGACACAUUCAUCAACGCUACACAUAGCUGAGCGACUGCGUUCGAGCAAAACGAACAGCGGAAAUCUAUCAGGCUUUGCAACCUCAAAGCUAGGCCAAACUGCGUUAGAGGGCCCUAUCCGCUAUAUUCAAUCGUUGGAUUCAAAGAACGUGCGGUUACAACUGAUCGACGCAUUCAACCUAUGGCUGGGUCUCCCAUGUCUAGCGCUGAAUACAAUCAAAGAGAUUGUGAAUGAUCUUCAUAAUUCGUCACUUAUCCUCGAUGAUAUCCAGGAUGGGUCGUUGCUCCGUCGAGGAAGUACAGCCACGCAUAUUAUUUUUGGCAACGCCCAGUCUAUCAACAGUGCUACAUAUAUGUUUGUCCGAGUAGCAGGACAGGUUCAUGCACUUUCCAAUCCUGCCCUGAUGACAGUGCUGCUCGAGGAGCUGGAAAGACUUUUCCUAGGUCAAAGCUGGGAGCUAAAGUGGAGGUCCACCAUGCAGUGUCCCACCGAAGAAGAAUAUUUGGCAAUGGUCGACCACAAAACUGGCGCCAUGUUCCACAUGCUUCUUCGGCUGAUGCUCACGCUUGCGCAAGAUGAUGGAUGCCUGAGCCAAAGCACGGAGUUUACCGUCCUAGCGCAGCUUCUGGGUCGAUGGUAUCAAGUACGCGACGAUUAUUUGAACCUCCAGGAAGCAGGUUAUGCGAAGAAGAAAGGUUUCUGUGAAGACCUGGACGAGGGGAAGUUUUCGUAUCCAAUUGUCCGAUGCUGUGCAGAUCCGGUACGCAAAGAUAUCGUGAUUGGGCUCUUAGAUCGGAGAGACACACCAGAAGUCCCGAAUUUGCCGCUGGAAAACAAAUUACAGAUUUUGGACCUCAUAGAAAAGGCCGGGGCAAUACAUGAGACAUGGCGUUUGAUUUAUCAAUUGCAGGAUAAAGUCCAGGAGGAAAUAGGUCGCCUGGAGGCCGUUUUGGGGGAGGCAAAUCCUAUACUUCGGGUGUUGAUCAAAGUGCUGGGGAAUAUCCCCAAUCCUUGCAAGCAGUUGUAA